GUGGAUUUUCUUGAAGUCCCAAUGCCUGGCCACCAUACUUUAGACUGACCAUUGCGCUUACCCUCUUCAUGCCCACUAGGCCUCGUCUUUGUAUUCUUAACUUGGAAUCUUCCACUGUGAUUGUGAUGUACUGUGUGCGCAUUUUCAGUUCUAGAAACUCCAGAAUGGAUGGGCUUGCAUGGUGUACGUGACAGGAGAUCUAGCUGGUAGGGUCGGAAGAUUGUCGAUCAUGUACUUUACCAGCACAACCGCGGUUUCUGCGUGGAAUAGAGUGCUCUGGUUGCCUCUUGGGACUGAAAACUGACUCUUCCACUCUCUCUUGGUCCGUAUUCCAGAUCUCUGUGGCUGCCUGACUGGACCCCGGGGGAGAGUAGGGUGCUGGAAGCCUAUCGAGUUUGUGCGACUAGCACAGAUGCGAUCUUUCUUACGCCGGCUCUCUUGCUCGGGAAUGCGGAGAUUGGUUUGCGUGCCUGUCUGGCCUAGAAACCGAUUUCCAGUUUCAAUCUAUAUGCAUCAUAUUGAUCUCUGUGCCUAUCUUCCAGGGGCAAUACGGCAAUACUGACACUGGGACUUAUAUUGGAUUGUACGUGGGCAGAUUCAGUCUCUCAGAAUAUUGUGAGUAUGCCCUAACAGUUCAUUCCGUCUCCAGUUCGCCCAUUCCGUUGCUGUUUUCUUGUUCACUUCUGGCUCUCAAUAUGCUUGUCGCGUGAUCUCCUCAGGCCAUCCGUCUUGGCGCAGCGUCUUACGCUGUUGUCCUGGAGUCAGACUGAAAAAAUGGAUAGAGUUCAGGGUACUGGUCAGGUGCUUGGCAACGGCAUCGUGACUCUUCGAUUUACCGUAUGUGGCGCGUCUCUUUGAAUCGGAGCAGAUGGGGGCGAUGUUGCUGGAACGCGUCGAGAGCACACGAUAGAUAGUGAGUUUGCCCUGGUGAGGAAAGGUGGGGAUCUCGUAAGAGGAUGCGUACACAUCGCAGGACAGCAGGUGGAUGGAUUUUCUGGAGGGCUGAGCUUGCAGGAAGGAGGGGGUGGGUUGUGCACGUCUAAGGCAAGAACUCUUCCAUUCCGAACGCAUCUUGCGGGGGGCGGUCGGUUGUUUCCCUACUAUAAACGGGGUUUGCACUAUCCGGUAGCGAAGGAACGGAUGGAUUGAGGCACGCAUGGUGUUAGGAAGGGGUGUCAGGAUUCACUUCAGAGCACUGGCGCUGUAAAGGAGGCAUAUGACUGUUCUUGGCGAUGGAAGCCUGAGAGAUGGAGGAGGUGGUGGUGGUUGACCACACAAUCGAGAGGAGGAUUUUUUUUGUCAGGAAAGUCUCUAAUCUGAAGGAGGGAGGAGUGGAUGGAAAUGGCUGGAUGGUGCAAGCAGAAGGCGGAACGGAAUGCCUGUCCUGCGGAAUAUCCCACUCACGGGAAGGAGCCGGUGCUCUUGCGGCAGCGACCGCCUUCCGUGUUGUGCAGCAGUGGUUGUGACAACAUGGCACACAGGAUGCCGUCCCUGCUGAGUUGGCACUUGCUGGGAAGGUCCGAUUUUUAUACACGGAUGGCAAGGUGGUAGAAGGAAAUCGAUUCGCACCUUGCAGUUGUGGCUAUCCUGCAUUUUCAAACCAGGAGUGCUUCGCAAACACGCUAAAGUUAACAUGUUUGGAUAUGAGAGGGCGUGACGUGUGAGGACAGAGUCAUUCAUGAAGAAAGUUACGUUGCAGCUUCCGGCUGUAGUGGAGCAGCUUCCGGUUGCAGCGGAGCAUUCUUCAAACCACCAAGUCCCGAGAGGCUCGCCGGUUAAGGUGCUGGGAUGUGUGGGCUGGUCGUGCGAGGACAAAUUCUUUCAUGAUGGCCCCCUAAUGUCACAGGUCGGCGUGGUGAAAAGGAACUGGUGGUCUAACUCAAUUCCCAAUUUGCCACGCGUCAGACUGCUUUGAUAAGAAGUGGAAUCGGAAAGCGGACAUUUUCAAACCUCAGGUACGUAUUUCUUGGGAUGUACGCUGUGCGAUGACAGUUUCAUUCAUGACGACCCUAACAUCACAGGCCGGUGCAAAGUGGAAAAGUUAACGGUGGCUAAACACGAAUUUGCCAUGCAUUAGGCUGCUGUCAUAAGAACUGGAAUUGGAAGUGGUUUCAGGCUGUGUUAGGGCAUACUCACACAGUACCACUUUCCCAAAUGCAUGUGACCGCAAGUUGGGCCAGACCUGGAUGAACCUGACUGCAAUCGCGGCCAGAGCUUCGCAGAAAAAAACUCCCUAGUGUGAGUAAAUUUCGCUACGACAGCUGUGCAAACGUGCUGUGCCAAAGUUGUGAUUGGAAGUGGUUUCAGGUUAUCGUCUUCUCCUUCGGCGAAGUUUUCCCAUUUUUGGUGAAGGCAGUGCAUAGCGCGAACGGUGUCUCUUGCGGCCAUCUGUGGUGUCUGGUGUUUGUGCGAUCAGCCAAGCGCGAGCUGCAGCAGCUAAGUGAACGGUCCAGUGGGGUGGAGCCGAGGUGGCAUCUUCCGCACAUCUUGCAAUAAAUGUGCUAGUUACUGUUCGGCCGGAACGCGUGUCCUUUUGGGCUGUUCUGCUGUGCGGUUGGGCCUAAAAACAGAUGUGGUAGGUACAUCAUGUGCCCGUGGUGGUGGUCGUUGAAACUCCAUCCCUCACCGAGUUUCUCCGUUUUGCGUCGACAGGGCCGGCGCAUUCUCGCAUACUGAUGUGCAAAUGUGCUGUUGGAGGCAUUUUGCGACCGUUCGUCAUCUCCAUGAUUGCGUCGUCUAUGUGGAGUUUUGGCAAUCUUAUCCGAGCAACUUUCUCGACAACUGAUGCGGAAAUGCGUUGUGGGAGGCAUUUUGUGACCGUUCGUCAUCUCGAUGAUUCCGUCGUCUAUGGAGUUUUGGUAAUCUUAUCCUAGCAACUUUCUGAUGGCCGCCGGAUAUGCACAGCUGAUGCAAUCGUGUAUGCUCGGUAAAGUGUGAGAUGGUGCGUUCGUUGUUCCCCUUUGCACAGUUGGUGGCUGGCUGUGUGCCAUUCAAAGCCCUUUCAGGCCGUGCGGAAUGGCGUUCAUCUCACAGAUCUCGAACCGUCCAUAUCUCUGCAAGGUUAUUUUCGAUAAGGAUACGUAACCCGGCGACCGAGCAUGGUUUCUGGUCGUUGCCAGCAUAAGCUCAGAUUUCCUCUUGACAUCAACGUAGCAACUGAGACGACACAUUACUCCUGCAACAACUGCCAUGUCACUGAGAAUACCAGCAUGGUCAGGCAUGCCGCUGCUGUGCUGUCUGAGCCUUUUGCAAGAAAGAACCAUGUUCUUAUGUUGUGCCGGAUAUGGGGUGUGGGGGCUUUUCUGGGCGCUCGAUUCCCGCCGUGCUUGUUCCGGCAAGACUCCAAUAGUCGGGCGACGUUCUUCCGUGGCCUCUCAAGGGGCGGCGAUGUAAGAAAUCGAGCUAGCUGCAAUGCACAGGAACCAAGGCACUUGAUUUCCUCGAUGCUUCUUGUGACAAGAUGGUAAUCGAUGGCCCGUGUCCGUCCCUGGCCUCUCAAGGGGCAUUGUGAGAGAUUGAGCUAGCUGCUAAAAGGCACGUUGUUUUCCUUCAUGUUCCUUGCGACGAGACUGCAAUAGUUGGGUCGUGUCCUGGCGCGGCCUCUCAUGAGCGUUUGGUGCGGCGUCCUCGUGUAGGAAAAGGACUGGCUGGCCUGUUACAUCAGAUCAAUCCUGCGAAAUUUGGUGCUGUCGAAGGUACUACAAGGUAAAUGGUGAAGAGACCCGCUGAGGGAAGUCGGCCGAACAUAAUCUGAGAGACUGGCACAGCCGUACAUCUUGCCAACCUCCGGUUACCUGCUAGCUAUGAAGGAAAAAAUAUCAAAAAUCCCUCCGUCGUACUUCAAAAUCCGGGCUGCUACGCUCAAUUCUUGCAGUUGCGAGGAUGUCCGGCAUGCGACCGAAAUCACAUCGUUCUCAUUCGACGGAUUUCAACUGUAGUCGGGAGUUGAGGUGAGGUGCUCGUCAAGCAGGCAGGAUUAGAUCACGGCAAGGCUCACUGGAAAGUCUUGCAGUGCAAAGGCGGUAUGUUUUGUAGGAUGCCGAAUUCCUGAAACCAGCAGUAGCUUUGAGAAUGGUGGGGGUUUGCACAACUCACUAUGGCCCUCGCUCCACGACUCAGUAGCGAAAUGUGCAAAACACGAGUGAAUCUUCCGCUAGACCAAGGUUUCUGUCUUUUGUGCAUGCCGAGGGUAGUGGUGCAACUCCACUACUCAGUAGUGAAAUGUGCAAACCGAGAGUGAAUCUUCUGCUAGGCCCUAUAUAUGGGGUGGUGUCGGUUUGACAGUUUUGUGCAAAGCAAGCCGCGAUCGAUGACAGCCUUGGGUCUUCCUGUAUAUCUCCGAAUGGUUUGGCCAGUCUGAAUCCCGUGUUGAAAGGGUUGAGAGAGGUGGAUGCUGGGGGUGGGAGGGGAAGGAGGGGGCCUGCACACAAUGGUGGGGGGUGGGUGGCGGGGGUGGUUGAAGAGGUAGCAGACUGGAAUGAUCAGGUUUUGCGAACAGGAGUGGGCGUUUAGACAGUCUGCAUGUUGGGGUUUUAGCUUCGCGGUAUCACAUGAUAGCAACCAACCCUUAAUGAAAAGGGGACGCUGGG